AUGGGCAAUAUUCAUACGGCAGGACCAGAUGAGGCGCUCGUUAUUUCGGGUGGCUGCUUUGGAGCAGAGUCUAAAAAGACCAUUGUUGGUAACUGGGGAUGGGCAUGGUGGCUUGUCACUGAUGUACAGAGCAUUUCCCUUGAGGUGAUGACCUUGAAUCCAAUAUGUGAGAGUGUAGAAACUGCAGAAGGUGUCCCUAUCACAGUUACUGGUGUAGCACAAUACUUUUUUCCUUUUUUCUUCCUUUUUCUUUUUCUUUUUUUUCCCCCUCUUUUUUUCUUCCUUUUUUCCUCCUCCUUUUUUCUUCCUUUUUUCCUCCUCCUUUUUUCUUCCUUUUUUCCUCCUCCUUUUUUCUUCCUUUUUUUCCCCUCUUUUUUCUUCCUUUUUUUCCUCCUCCUUUUUUCCCACCUCUUUUUUCUCCUCCUCUUUUUUCUUCCUUUUUUUUCCUCCUCUUUUUUCUUCCUUUUUUUUUCCUCCUCUUUUUUCUUCCUUUUUUUUUCCUCCUCUUUUCUUCCUUUUUUCUUCCUUUUUUCCUCCUCUUUUUCUUUUUUUUCCUCCUCUUUUUCUUCCUUUUUUUUUUCCUCCUCUUUUUUCUUCCUUUUUCUUCCUUUUUUCCUCCUUUUUUUCUUCCUUUUUUCCUCCUCUUUUUCUUCCUUUUUUUCCUCCUCUUUUUCUUCCUUUUUUUCCUCCUCUUUUUUCUUCCUUUUUUUCCUCCUCUUUUUUCUUCCUUUUUUUCCUCCUCUUUUUUCUUCCUUUUUUCCUCCUCUUUUUUCUUCCUUUUUUUCCUCCUCUUUUUUUUUCCUUUUUUUUUUUCCUCCUCUUUUUCUUCUUUUUUUCCUCCUCUUUUUCUUCCUUUUUUCCUCCUCUUUUUUCCUUUUUCUUCCUCUUUUUUCCUUUUUCUUCCUCUUUUUUCCUUUUUCUUCCUCUUUUUUUUCCUUUUUCCUCCUCUUUUUUCUUCCUUUUUCCUCCUCUUUUUCUUCCUUUUUUUCCUCCUCUUUUUCUUCCUUUUUUUCCUCCUCUUUUUUCUUCCUUUUUUUUUCCUCCUCUUUUUUCUUCCUUUUUUUUUCCUCCUCUUUUUUCUUCCUUUUUUUUUCCUCCUCUUUUUUCUUCCUUUUUUUCCUCCUCUUUUUUCUUCCUUUUUUUUUUUGCUCCUCUUUUUUCUUCCUUUUUUUUUGCUCCUCUUUUUCUUCCUUUUUUUUCCUCCUCUUUUUUCUUCCUUUUUUUUCCUCCUCUUUUUCUUCCUUUUUUUCCUCCUCUUUUUUUUUUCUUUUUUCCUCCUCUUUUUCUUCUUUUUUCCUCCUCUUUUUUCUUCCUUUUUUUUCCUCCUCUUUUUUCUUCCUUUUUUUUCCUCCUCUUUUUUCUUCCUUUUUUUUCCUCCUCUUUUUUCUUCCUUUUUUUUCCUCCUCUUUUUUCUUCCUUUUUUUCCUCCUUUUUUCUUCCUUUUUUUUCCUCCUCUUUUUCUUUUUUUCCUCCUCUUUUUUUUUUCCUCCUCUUUUCUUCCUUUUUUUCCUCCUCUUUUUUCUUCCUUUUUUCCUCCUCUUUUUCUUCCUUUUUUUUCCUCCUCUUUUUUCUUCCUUUUUUUUUCCUCCUCUUUUUCUUCCUUUUUUUCCUCCUCUUUUUCUUCCUUUUUUCCUCCUCUUUUUUCUUCCUUUUUUUGAAUUUUUUCUUCCUUUUUUUCCUCCUCUUUUUCUUUUUUUUUCCUCCCUUUUUUUCCUUUUUUUCCUCUUUUUUUUUUUUUUCCUCCUCUUUUUUCUUUUUUUCCUCCUCUUUUUCUUCUUUUUUUUUUUUCCUCCUUCUUUUUUUCCUUCCUUUUUUUUCCUCCUCUUUUUCAUUUUUUUCCUUUUUUUCCUCCUCUUUUUUCUUCCUUUUUUUUCUUUUCUUUUUCCUCUCUUUUUUCUUCCUUUUUUUUUCCUCCUCUUUUUCUUCCUUUUUUCCUCCUCUUUUUCUUCCUUUUUUCUUCCUCUUUUUUUCUUCCUUUUUUUUCCUCCUUUUUUUUCUUCCUUUUUUUCUUCCUUUUUUCCUCCUUUUUUUUCUUCCUUUUUCCUUUUUUUUUCCCCCCUUAGAAAUUCUCGAGGGACUUUAAUAUUUUUUUUAAACUUAGAAAGAUUAGUCUUAUUUACUUGCACAUUGAGUGUUGAGGCUAUCUACCAAGACAGAGACCAAUUUGCUCAGUUGGUACGAGAAGUCGCAGCACCAGAUGUUGGCAGGAUGGGUAUUGAGAUCCUGAGCUUUACAAUCAAAGAUAUUUAUGAUCAAGUAGAAUAUCUUUCAUCCUUGGGAAGAACACAAACAGCAAAUGUAAAGAGAGAUGCUGAUAUUGGAGUUGCUGAAGCUCUCCGAGAUGCCGUCAUAAGGGAAGCAGAAUGUGAAAAAGUUCGGAUGGACUCAAAAUAUGCUGCGGAUGCUAAAAUUGCUGAUGCAACCAGAAUGUUCCAGAUGCAAAAAGCUAGUUUUGAUAUGGAAGUCAAUGCAAAGAAAGCAGAAUCUGAGCUGGCUUAUGAACUCCAAGGUGCCAAAGAGAAACAGAAGAUCCGUACUGAGGAGAUAGAGAUUGAUGUUGUAGAGCGCAGAAAACAAAUUGAUAUUGAAGAGAAAGAAGUUUUGAGAAAAGAGAAAGAACUGGUGGCUACAGUGAAACAGCCUGCCGAAGCCCAAGCAUUCAAAGUAGAAAUGUUGGCUGAAGGACAAAGAACGCAAACAGUGAUGGCUGCCAUGGCUGAAGCAGAAAAGAUCAAACUGAUUGGAGCUGCUGAGGCUACAGCCAUUGAAGCUGUGGGUAAUGCUGAGGCCGAGGAGAUGGUCCUUAAAUCAGGAGCCUAUAAACAAUAUGGAAAGGCUGCUAUGUUGAACCUCAUGCUUGAAACCUUACCUAAGGUUGCUGCUGAAGUGGCUGCUCCACUGUCUAAAACAGAAGAGAUUGUUAUUUUGGGUGAUGACAAAAUGUCUGGAGAAGUUUCGCGCCUUAUCAGCCAACUGCCACCAGCUGUAAAUGCCCUUACAGGAGUUGACCUGUCUAAAGUGCUGAGCAAAGUUCCUGGAGCACAAGCAGCUCAAGCAUAA